AUGACAAGUGUUGUAGUUGGAAGACUAUUCAACGCCGUAGCAUUCGCAGGAGCCGGAUACCUGUUCAGCAAACUGAACCACAGCGGGUACGAGGCCGAAAUGAAAAGACACAACAAAGCGCUGGAAAAAUUAGCCAAGGCUAAGGAAAAAUGGUACGAAAGUCAAGUGGAAGAAAAGAACAGAAUUGCAGUACUCAGGCAGGAACUAGCCGACGCCAAAUCGGAUAUGGAAACGACAAACCGUGCUCUUGACUCCCUGCAGAAAGCGCAGGAGGAACUGACCCUGGACAAAGAACCGACGAUUCACGAUUACUACAAACCAUCGAGCGAAAUGGAAGAAUACCAACAGAUCACGAUUGGAAUAUUGGGAUUGGGGUCCGGAUUCGUAAUUACAAAAUUACUGUAG